AUGGAUCCGAUAGCACUUGAAAACGAAGCAAAGAAGCUCCAAAAUAAGUAUUCUGAUGCCAUAAAUGGCGCAAUCAAGGAUUGGGAUACCAAAUUUCUUCGCAAUAUGCAGUCUAUCUAUUUUGGAUGUGGCAAAAAGUGCUGCGAUAACAGAGAGUACUCCACUGAGCAAGUCCAGUCCUGUAUCGAACGCUGCGAACAACCUGUUGCAAGUGCCCAAAAUCUAGUUCAAGGUGAACUUACUACUCUACAGGUGUGUUUAUUUUCUUGUAUUUUUUGUUCUGAUUUUUCCGCAGCCCCGAGUUACUACUAG